AUGGGGUGCUUGCCUCGACUUCCGAGCCAACCAAUCAUGGCCUGCCCGGGGGCCCUUAAAGGCAAAGAGAACGGUCGGGCGUCCAGGCGCAGGGUCGCAACAGAGCCAGGGAUCCGCCGGCUGGUUCCCCCACUACCCUUAGAUUCUACUGGCCGUCCUAUUUUUCCCAUCACAUUGGGGUCACUGACUGUCUACAGCCUGGGUGAAAUUGUUUCUGACCGUUCUGGUUUCCACACGGAGAACGCCAUCUACCCUGUUGGCUACUGCAGCACCAGGAUCUUCGCUAGCACCCGCAGGCCGGCACGCCGCUGCCUCUAUACCUGCCAGAUCAAGGACGGUGGGGCCGGGCCAUCCUUCGAAAUCGCUCCAGAGGAUGAGCCAGGUUGCGUCUUUGAUGGCCCCACAGGCAGCCUCUGUCACGCUCAGCUCCUGGAAGCUGUGGGUGCGGCCAGCUGGAACCAGCAGGCCCUGAAUUUUUUGGCCUCGCGCCCAGCUAUCCAGCACCUCAUCCAGAGCUGCCCUGGGGAACGCGAAAUGUGCAGGUACCGCUGGUCUCAGCCGGUGUGCCGCCCAGCGGGGGGGGGGGGGGCCGCACCGGGCCUUACCUUCCGGGAGCCGGGCACUGAUUGGCAGAGCUUUCCAGAGCCAGGGCUUGGCGGGGCCGUGGCGGACUUCCUAGAAGCCACUCCUUCUCAGCGGUGGGAGCGGAUAUCUUGGGAACUCUUUCUGCCCCCUGUGCUCCAACAGGGGGGGGUCCCCCCCCCCGAAAGCCCAGAAAGUGAUUAA